GGAAUCUGAUGCGGAAGGGGAAGGGCGAGGAGAAGGAGUUUGACUGGUCCACUGCCACAUUCAAGAAGUUCCUGCUCAAGAUCUCCUACAUCGGGACCAACUAUGCCGUCAGUCAGUCACUCACCGGCACAACCCACACAGAGAUGCAUCAAUCCAUUCCCUGUGCUCGCCUCACAUCUACAUUGUGGUCUCUCUCUGAGUGUGGCAUGCAGGGCCUGGCCCAUCAGCUGCCGUCAUCGUCGGCUCCCUCAUCCAGCGAGGCAGUGUCGGCUGCGGAGAACGUGCCGACAGUUGAAGGGGAGCUGAUGAAGGCAUUCCUCAAGACUAAACUCAUCAAGGACGUCCAGAGCUGGUGAGAGAUAUCGACUCAUUCAUUGCAAUCAAUGCCGGGACCUUCUGCGUGUGGGAUUGGAUGUGUGUGUAUUGGACGUGCAGUGGUUUCUCUCGGUGCGGUCGGACAGAUAAGGGCGUCCAUAGCAGCGGCAACUAUGUGGCACUCUUCCUCAGAACCAAGUACCCAAAAAGAGGAGCAUCGAGGCAGGCAGGCUGCUGCAUCUCUCUAAUCGUGCCUUUGUUUUUGUCACACACUCGAGGCCGAAGCCGGCACACCCUGACGGUUCGCAGACAUGCACACACAAUGGCCGGCCGCGUGGCAGUUGACAUCGUGCUGUGCUGCAUGUGCUGUAUCGGCUGGUUCAGACCACUACAACUACGCGCAGGUCAUCAAUGGUGUGCUGCCCCCCGACAUCCGCGUGCUGGCAUUCAAGCCAGUGCCUGACGACUUUGACGCAAGGUGAUUGAUACUCAUGCAUGGACUGCUCGAUCAGUGAAUGAGUGGAGUGUCCCCUCUCCCUCCCUCCGUCCCUCCCUCCCUCUCUGUCUGUCUGUCUCUCUCUCUGUCUGUCUGUAUGUGUGUGUCAGGUUCAACUGUCUGCGGCGUGUCUACAAGUAUUUCUUCGUCCCUUUUGGCAUGGACCUCGCCCUCAUGAACCAGGCAGCGCAGCACUUCGUAAGUCCACACAGUCAGCAUACGAACGAAAGACCAGCUAGCUGCACAUGGGGCAGCCCUCUCUGCAUGGCCAUCCCCUGGCUGACUUUGCAGGUCGGCGAGCAUGACUUCCGCAACUUCUGCAAGCUCGAUGAAAACGUGCAGCACUUCACGUGAGCAACACAACACCUGUUUGCACACCGGCAGACAGGCAGUGGAUAGUCCCCGGCCUGCCUCGACCGUUCGUCCGCUUAGGCGUCGGAUCACAUCGAUUGUGAUUGAGCCGUGCGAUGCCAACACGGCCGUGGCGACAUUUACGGGAACGGCCUUCCUCUGGCAUCAGGUAGGCAGCAGGCCAACACGCAAGCCAUCGGUUGAUUGGCAUGGUACAUGCACCUGUCAGAUUCGGUGUAUGGUGUCGGUCCUGAUGCUGGUUGGACGAGGGCUUGAGCAGCCAUCCGUCAUCGCUGACCUCCUAGACGUCGACAAGCAUCCGCAGAAGCCACAGUAGGAGCAAAUGUGAGACUGCACCAAGACCUUCUCCAUGAGCGUCGAUUGUGGUGUGGUGUGUCAGGUAUGAGUUGGCUGACCCUGCGGGCCUUGUUCUGUUUGAUUGCUUCUUCGAAGGUCGGCCGGCGGACCGGGAGGGACUCGUGUCAGUGCGUUUGCCUUGGCCAACCAGCGACACACCGGCAUGGCAUUCUUCCUGCCCUGCCAGGCAUUCAUUUUGACACGAGUGAACACCAACAGGGGCCCAGGAGGCCUGCCGACACAUUCAAGGUAAGGUGGGUUGCACAUGCUCACGAAAACAGAGAGAUGGAUGGCACAACCAACCAUGGGGUCGUUCCUUCACGGCUGCCGUGUGUGCGUGCGUGUGUAUGUGUGUGUGUGUGUGUGUAUGUGUGUUUUCCUUCCUUGCUGCUGUAGGAUAUGUAUGUCAACCAUGUCCGGAACGCCGCUGUCUGCCGCUGCCUCGCGGGCGUCCCAUCCGCCCCGACCGGCCAGCCCCCACAGGAGGCCUCUUGUGCGGCAUUUCCCGGCAUCCAAGGCAUGGAGACGGCCUCCCACCGACCACCAGCCCGAUACAGACCUCUCAUGGGUGAGUCAACCUUCACACAUUCACCUACUGCCUCGGUCAGCGACUCUUCAGCUAUUAGUGGUUGUGUUGCUUUGGUGGCCCAACAGAUCGGCCCACGAGCACGAGCUAUGACGAGCGCCUGGCGAAACUGAGAGAGAAAAAGAGGCAGACAAGUCAGGGCAAGACGGCCGACAUGCCUGUGGAUGGUGGGGAUGAGCGCAUGGAGGAUGGUGGGGGUGGAAAGGGGACUGGGAAGGACGAGCCAGUGUCAGAUGGUGACAGAGACAAAGACAGGGGUGAUGUCAAGAGGGCACGGACACACGAGGGCUCGACGGGAGAGGGAUAGCAGCAGCGGGGGAUGAGCAGAGUGUUGAUGUGUUUAUUCCGUUCGCCGCGGUGGGGUGGGUGGGAACAAAGACAGACAUGGAUGACCACACAUUAUAGGGUGUGCAUCAAUCAGUCACUGC